AUGAAUGGUUUUCUCCUCACAAAGCAACAGAACAAGAAUCAAGCUGCCGCUCUUUGUCAUGGUGUUGCGCUUUUUAUAAAGCACGAAGCGAAAUUGCCGGUGAACAGCUUGUUAGUUUGGAUGCAUUGGCUAGAGAUUGCCACCAACUCUAAGUAUUCUGCGCCGGACCUGUUUGAUGACCUACAUGUUCACUUCGAAAUUCAGCAUUCAUUGGAAGUCCCAUAUUUCAAAGAAAAAAUGGGGUUUUUGCCUAAAAACAAGUUUGAGGGAGUGCCACGUGGCAACAACGUGGCCACAUCUGAUAAUAAUAUGCUGGCAAGAGAAAUCCGAGGAGCGCAAUACGGCCUCCCGACACCGCCUGCAUUCCGUCCACAUGCUAGUCCUCCACAAGAGAUGCCAUACACGAGUGCAUUCUCCAUGCACAUGCUCUCUUCCAACUAUCCAGCACACAUUAACUGGACUGCCCACUCAUCAAACAAGACCUUGAAUAACUUGGAGAUCCAACUUCUACAUCCUGAGAUCCGCCAAAUGCUGCUACCUCCGGGUUCAUUCAACCCACACCAGGAAGCCAUUAAGAACAAGAAGCGAAAUCGGCACCACAAUACGCGCAAUGGUCAUCGUCAAACCACCACUAGCACGAUGUCGUCGGCGGCAUCCACUGAUGAGAUAACAACGGCUAAAAUCGUAGUGUCGUGUACGAAAGCUCAAGGAGGUGGUACUAUCGUUUCGUCGCGUGAUGGAAAAGGUCAAAUUCAUAUGCGCAUCGAAUAUGACCGUAAUGAGCAGUCAUCUUCACUUCUCGAUAUUCAGAUGCUCCGCUUCUCCCACUCACCCUACGCAGUACUGCCGCCGGCCUGUCUCAAGGACAUCGUGAUGGACACUCCGGAGAUCCUGAGUCGCUUUCCACAGCGACACGGUAUCGACCUCAGCCCGUCGUGUGAGAUGUAG